AUUUGGUUCGCUUGCUUUGCACAGGGUCAAAAUUACGCCUCCCCUAGUUUUAGAAACCAGACAUGUAUGUCAGUUUAAUCUGCCUGCCUCUCUAAUGUAUGAAUCAGUCGAUUGGCCUAGAGGAUAGACAGACACAUAUAAAUUGAAAUCGCUCGUGUCACUGAGUCAGCCUGGUCUUCAGGAUUGUCCAGUGUUUGAGCCUGCGUGCCAGAAUUGGCAUCAAGCUUGGCAUAUGUACUGUAACUAUAUAUAGGUUGUUAUUCAGUACAGCUGCAAACGUUCGCUUCUCUCAGGAUUCGAAUUGGGAUUGUUGUUGAUGGUGGUCUAUUUUGCCUUGCGAAAUUGCAUAGAAUUUCAGUGAAUUUGCACAUGUUUUCGGUCUUCACAUCCCUAAAUAUCUACUGAUUAUUACAUCAUUCCUGCAGCCCAUUCUGGCCGUGGAUCACGUUAAAUCGUUUGCUUCCAUGUCAACGACGGUUGUAGGCCAGAGGCCGGCUCCUCAUCGCCCUUUCCGAGGUUUAGUUCAAGUGGGCUACACUCCUUCACGAGCUACACCCCCAGCCACGCCUGUUGAUGCGACGACAACGCGUGAGGAGGCGCUUCUUGCAACUUCCGUCAAUGGAUGUAUUACUGGUGUCAGUCAUAUAAAACCUUUCUUCCUACCCCCUCGUGGCCAAGGAGAGGGAAAUCAUGGCUCUGUGGAGAAAGGUUUGGGCUACGGGGCAUUCGGAGUUGUUUGGUCAGUUAUCGAUCCACGUGAUGGUCAGAAAGUGGCACUCAAACGCAUACCACGGGUUUUUCAUAAUCCUAUUACAGCUAAACGCGUUCAUCGGGAAUUAAAAAUGCUCUCUUGUCUUAAACAUGAAAAUAUUGUAAAUUUAAUCGAUGUAGUCAAAUCGGAAAGUUAUUUGAAUUUCGAAGAAAUUUACUUUUUGUUUGAAUUAAUGCAAACGGAUCUGCACAAAAUUAUUGUCUCACCACAGCCAUUAUCUUUAGACCAUGUGAAAAUAUUUGUUUAUCAAAUAUUACGAGGUUUAAAAUAUCUUCAUUCAGCUCGGAUUAUACAUCGUGAUAUUAAACCAGGAAAUAUGUUGGUCAAUUCGAACUGUCUGCUAAAAAUAUGUGAUUUUGGUUUGGCACGAAUUGAUGAUCCAUUUGGAGAGGCUGUUCUUACACAAGAGGUUGUUACACAAUAUUAUCGAUCGCCGGAACUACUUAUGGAAGCAACACGUUAUUCAUAUGCCGUAGAUAUUUGGAGUGUUGGAUGUACUUUUGCUGAAUUAUUAGGUCGACGUAUUCUGUUCCCAGCUCGAAGUCCUUUAGAACAAUUAGAAUUGAUUAUUAAUCUUACUGGAAGUCCUAGUCCUGGAGAUUUAGAAAGUUGUCAUCCAGAUGCAUGUUGUUUUGUACUUUCAUCAAGGUUACGUGAUCCCAAUCUUUCUAUUCUUUAUGCUCUUACACCUGAUGUGAAUGAAUUAACUGUUCAUCUGUUGGGUAGUAUGCUCAAAUUCAAUCCGCGUCAGCGCAUUUCUGCUACCGAUGCAUUAAAUCAUCCAUUUCUGGAAGAAGCACGUCUACGUUAUCAUUCAUGUAUGUGUUCAUGUUGUCAUGAUGUCACAUUGAACUCUGUCAAUGAUGAUAAUGUUCAAACAACAGCUGGAUUUUGUUGUGCUCCAUCAUCAUCAGCCUCAUCAUCAUGUGCUUCAUCAUCGACUCCGUCGUCUGAUUCAAUACAAAGUAUUAAUGGAAAAUGUUUGCAUAGAUAUGAAGCGAAAACUGCUGCUAAUGCUAUGCCAUCAGGUAGUGGGAAUUCAACAUUUUCUUCUUUUAAUGCUACUAACACCAGUGGUCCUACACCUAGAAGACGUUAUUUUCAUGAUCUUGAUCCAAUUUGUUCAAUUCUACUUCCACUUGAUUUAGAUUCAGGAUUUCGUCGUCUCUCCGAUGCUAAACGUGUUUUAUGGGAUGGUAUACAAGAAUAUUAUCGUCGAGAUGAUCGGUUAACAAGGGUUGUGCUCAAUCGAAAUGCUGCCAAUUACAACAGUUUUAUUAAUUCUUCAGUUGCACAAGCCAAAGAAAUCCCUGCUAGUCAUCGUUGGCAUUAAUCGUCAAAACUAGGCAAUUACUCAUAACGGUUUAUCAAUAUACAUGUAUCAAGUCGAAAUUUGUAUGUAACCAUUUUGUAAGGUAUUUUAAUGAUAGAUGCUGUGUUUUUUUUCUGAAAACGUGAUAUUUUUCUCAUCAAAAAAUCACACUGAUUGGUAAUUGUCUUCCAAUACUCUAUUAUACUACAACAGAAAACCAAUAAUACACAUAGAAAAAUGGUGCUUUCCUCCCUAUUAGCCAUUGUCGCCCACCUUCAUCUACUUCACAUCAAUUUUUAGCGAGAACAUAGGACACAGUAUGAAUAUGGGAAAACAUUGUCAGAAUACUCACUAUUUUAUUUACUGUCAUCUUUAUAUACAUCCAUCUGAUGGGAUUUAUAGUUGAUCACCCUCUGCUUUACAUCAUCAAUAUUGUUGUAAUUUAAUAUGUCUUUUUAUUACUUACAAAAACAAACACUUGUUGUCAUUGUCUUAUUUUUAUUGCUUUUAUGCCUCCAUUUUAAUAAUUGUCUGAAAGUUUUUGUGCAAUUUCUUUUCGCUUGAAUUUUCUUAGGUUUAAUUUAUUUCCGUAUAUGUAUGAGUAUCAUUUUGAUGUGUUCUUUAAUAUUAUUUUUGAAACAAAACAUUAAUUAUUGUUAGUUGUCUGUGCUGUGUUAGUUUGUGCUUUCGUUUAUCUCUUUCACCCAUCGACCCCACCUAACACGUUAUGUUAUUAUCACCAUGAUCGCCAUUUGUUCUUUGUUUUAUUUAUUUUUCUUUGCAUCACAAACAAUCAACAAAGUUAUUUGAUUUCAUUUUUAAUUAAAAAGAGAAAGUGUUGCACGUACCGAAACACAUAAACUCAUACACACACAAACUUGCAUUCGCUUCUUACUAGUUUUAUAAUAAUCAUAUAGGCUUUAGUUCAUUAUUCAAUCAUGCCGAAAGAGCUUUCUUUAUUUUUUUUCCUUUAUUUGUUUCACUCUAAUGUUGCAAUACUGUGUGUCUGUGUAUGACCCGUUCUUGUAUUUUUUUAGGUUAAACUAGUUUAAUAUUUAUUGACUUUCUUUAUCUCUAUGUGUAUGUAUAGGACAAUUUGACUCUAAUCAAAUCCAAGUACAUACACAAUACUUAGUUUCGUAUUAUUGAAGCAGGGAAAUACUUUUGAUUGCUUGUUUAUGAAGUUGGAAUUCCUGUUUCUUUCUCUCUUUCUGUGUAUGUGUGUGCAUCGUAGCUCAGGUUUGAACACAAAAAUUUGCACGAUUCAAAACUUUUCCACUAAGAAGAAAUAACUACUAAUUUCUUUUGUUAUAACAAGUAAUAUUCACCUCAUAUGAUAUUUUCAUGUUCAGGAUUAUUCAAUCAAAUCAGUAAAUGAGUACAAAUAUUCUAAACAGGUAGUUUUUUCUAUAAAAAGAACAAAUCCAUUUUCUUCGAUUAUCUCUUCUUUUGCUUACAUAACAUAAAUAUAUCAUGUACAACCAUUUAUUUAUUUAUUCAUAGUAUGUGUCUAACACUCAAUCGUAUUUCAUUCAAAUUAAUAAUCUCUAGUACACAAUACAUGGUCUCUUUACCUAUACAUAUAUAUAUACCUAUCUCAUGUUGCAUGCCCUUUAUUUUUAUUCAAAAUUUUACGAAUACAUUUUUACAAUAGGCGCCUAGUUAGUCAACUUCCAUCUGGUCUUCAUUUUGACUCUACCACUACUACUACUAAUACGUACACACUAUUAUCAACAAUAUAAAUAUUAACAACGACUGUUUGUGUACUGUACUGCACUACUUAUCGUUAUUUCAAACCUAUAUGUUGAUGUUCUUUGAUAAUUACGACGAUGCAAUAUUGUAACUAUAUUUCGUAAUUAAUGGUUUGAUUAUGUUGCGUUAUGAUUAUUUUCUUGGCUUUUCAAUUUUUUAAAAUUAAUAAUCAUUUAACUAGGAAAGUUGUCAUUAAAAACUGUGAAAUUUUUUACACAUGGGCAAACUGUUUGGUCUUUCGAUAUUUAUAUUUCUUUCUUUACGCGAUUGGAUCGACUUCAGUGAUAUGGUUAUGUUUAUUGUUAUUACUACUAAUACUACAAUCGUUUUUAUGGCUACUACUACUACUACUCAUAUACAAUUAAUAACGGAGUUUAUUCAAUACUAAGGGAAGAAGUAAAUGUAAGGUAAUUUCAGCUGUAUCUCUCUCUCUUUCUGAAUUAAUCGUUGUGCAGGUUUUGCAUUUUGUUUUCUAUUUUUUUUGUUUGAUUUUUUCUAAAUAAAAGAACUAGGUGGUUUUUCAUUUUUAUCUAUACGUAUACCUCCAAGUUUCUUCAUAUGUACUUCCCGUGCACUGUGUGUGUGCCACUGUGUGUUUAUGCAAAUCUUCUUUGACCGAGUUCACUUCUUAUUUACUUGUUUAUUAAUCUCUGGAAUGUGUUGAAGGUCAACUAACCACGCAUGUCUUGAAUUUCACACCUUACAUUGCUACUUUGUACACAUCACUCUUUUCUAGUAAAGUAGUAUGGAUUAAUCAAUCACCAUUGUUAUCAUCAUUACUAUUAUACAUAUGUGUGAUUUAUGACUAGUUUUUUGCUAGAAAUGUUUUGAUGUUAUUUUUUUCUUCCCCUUCUCCCACCUCUUCAUUCUCUUUUCUUAAUAUAAACGAUGUAGUUUACAGAGUAUUUUCUACUUUAUUGCUGUUUCGAACAUGUGUUGGUGAAAAAUGGAGAAAUAUUUCCUGUUAUUGUUCUUCUUUUACUUCACACACACACACACAUAGAGCCUUAUGAUGAUUACCAGUAUCAAAAUAUGUACAGUCGUAUGCAUUACUUCUACUGCUAUACUACCUAUACAUCAAUCUAGUUAGGAGUAAACCACUGAAUUUUUUUUACAACUGAUGUUUUUUGAUAGUCAUUCUUUUUAAAAAAAACUCGAUGUUGAUCAUGUGUAACAGUGUUCUCUGCGUGUACGUGUGUAUUUUACUCAUAAUUCUCAUUGUUGUUUUUGUUGUUAUUGCCUUUGUCAUAAGCUUUUUCUUAAAGAAUUUUUUCUGUGAAAUUCCUUGUACAGUUAUAAUAAUAAUGGUAAAAGCCAAAAACGAUUGCUACUACUGACAAUUUCGUUACGCGUUACAUGAUCUGAUGUCUAAAAAAUCAGAAAAUUUGAACGGCAAAUCUGGGAUUAAUUUUUCUCAACGUACUUAUAGGUGUUGCAAACAUACUGUUUGUUUUUAUAUGCAAAAACCACAGUCAUUUCUGUGUCUGUCUACGCUUACAUAUAACAAUGAUGGUUAUCUAAUCAAAGUAUAAAUAGCAGUCAUUAGGAAAUUAUCAUAUGUUCCGCUGCUUAUCAAUCAGUGUAAUCAUUACAUGAAAAGUGAUACUUCGAGUCGCUUAGUUAUGAUAUAAAUAACUGCGUCUUCGAUUGUCUUCACAUGAUCAAUCUUACUGUAGUUUCCGAAGAAAUGGUUGCACAAUACUGAGUUAUUUGUUCAUCUUAUCAUUAUUUGCAGGUUGAUUCUGUGCCUGUAGGAAACACUAAUAAAUAUCGAGAAAUAAAUUCCUGAGUUAAUCACAUAGUGGUACUCGGUACGGGACCGUACUUUCCUACACUUAAUCGGGUGUAAGGUCUGUAGUGAACAUUUCUAUAGGAUUAACUUAUGCCUGAUACUCGUGGAGUAUAGGUCACUGACCAGAAUUUUCUAUGCUGGGCUCUUCUUUCCAGUUGUUGCUAACUGCUAUUCAUUCUCUGUUGAUAGUUACUCUGGCCGUCAGAAGGGGAGUAGGACUCAUGAUUUCGGCUUUCACUGUGAGACAUGAAGAUCCUUCAACUCCAAUAGUAGAGUUUAAAUUAUUCUUCGGAUUAGCAUUUUCUUAGCAAGGUUGUUUUCUACGAGAUAGGGUUCCCAACCUCAUACCCAAUUCUCCUCUAUACAGGCCUACAACCGACAAUAAUCCUAGAAAGCCUCCAGGCGAAGUUUCUGUACGAUCAGGGAUUAUUGAGAUUCUUGGUUUCUAACAUGAUAAAUAGUGCAAAGGUUUCAACAUGUUUUAUGGUAGUCUGGCUCAACUCCGAUUAACUUUUUAUUAAUCCUUAGAAUAAUAGUUUAUCAAUCACUUGAUUUCGGAAAAGAUCAAACUGUUUGAACUUCAAUCAGAAUAUCUAGUAGGAUAGUCCCUUUUUGGUCAGUACUCGAAAAUCAAUCAGUUGCUACGUUGCAUAAUAUAUAAAAAAAGGAACUAAUAAAAUAUGUUGAUGAGAAAUCAUUAUUCUAAUAGUUAUGUAAAAAUCAAGGGACGAAUGUUAAGAAUAGGUAAAAUACAAAAGCGGAAGAAAUUCGAAAAUAGUUUAAAUAUUUCUGAAGGCGUGGGUUUCAUCGAAGUUUUGCUACAAACUCACUUCUAUACUGAUGGCCAAGUUAGCGAGAUUGGUUGUAAAAACUUCUUUUAGAUGCAAAGGUUUGGUUUAUGAACAUGGAUUCCAGUGGCUUCAGCAAUAUGCGUAAUAUAUAUAAUGGAUAACUUUACUAGCUUUAUUCAAUUCUACUCGAUGACCAGUGACAACCAAGUGAGCGAGAAUAGAACACAUAAUCACUCUUGUCUGUUCUGUGCUCAACCAAGCCGGAUGGUGUUCUGCCCUGAGAUGACGUCGAAUUGUACGCCCUAUAUAACUAGCUUCACAGAAGUAGUUGAAUUGGUAAAUACAUAUAGAUGUGGAGAAUUCAGGCAAUCUGUCUUUAUUAACGGUUGCUUUCAUGGGGCGGACGUAGAAAACGGCAUGGGUACCCAACGAAAUUAAUCGACAAACAUACGAAAGAGAUGAAAAGAAGAACAAAGAUAUCUACCGUUCCGAAGGAAGUACUGUUCUUAAAAUUAUAAUUCCUAAAUGAUACUACCGAAGAAAUUGUGAUUCAGAGGUUAAGAAAGGCGGUACAGAAAACAUUUAAUGUAGCCAGAAUGAAUGCCGUUUUCUACAACUGCCCCUUAAUAAAAACUGUUAUUUUAUAAUCAAUAUAUUAUCAUAUAAUUACUGCCUAACAUAACUACUGGAUGUGUAUUAUUUCACUGUUGUAAAUCAUCUGUGUAUAUAUUAGUGUAGAGCCAUGAUGAAAAACUGAUUGGAAAUAAAUUUCUUCGCUCAGUUAGUUCUUUUUUUUACCAAACAUAGAUGUUAUCUUUCAACAGUGAUAAGUAUGGUUUAUUGAUUACAUUGUAAAAACACGAAAAUACAGUUUUUAGAGCCUUAGAGAGAAGAAUUAUGUUUAAGUCUGAGUCAACAGUAAUGAAAUAGAAAAAUACUUACGACAUUUAGUCAAUUACAUCGAAACCAUAUCAAACUUUUAUCAAUCUCGAUAUGUAUCAAGUUUCACAUCAAACUACAUACGGAAAUCACAAACGCAUUUAACAGAAAGUAUUGAAAGAUCUUAGUUAACGAACGAACACGGUUAAAAAACAGGGAAUAACUUCAUUUGCUUAAAUAUCUUGUAUGUGAACCGCAACUUCAGUUUCCUAAUACAUAUCGAGUCAGUUAACUAGUGGUUCAGUCUAUCUGGAAUUAGGCUCUAUGAACAAAUCGUCAGUUCAGCUAGCUCACUUAUUUCGUUAUUUCUAUCAGUCGUUAAAAACCUCCAUAAUAAUUUUUCUUGAAAGAUUGAAGCACAAAAUAAAGAUAAUAUUGUCAAUAUUAAUAAUAGUAGACAGCUGUAUCUUGGUAACGAAUUCUGAAUAGGACGAAACAUUCGUCCUGAAUUCAUUUGUUAAGUACAUAUCAAGCAUGCUUAAAAAAUUUCUUGAGUUUUGGUUGUCAACACUAUCACUAGAUUGAGUGACGACUUGGAAACAGACUUAAUAAAAGAAAUACAAGUAUGUAGAUGGUUACUUAGUCAAUAUUUUCAGUUGACAUUGAGAGAUAUUUGUUUUCAGGAUAGGGGACGAAUAUUUCUUCCUACCACCCUUAAACCCACUUGACUUUAACUAAAUUUUUGGGCUAUAUUAGAAAGUGAAUUUUUAUGACGGUAAACAUCAUCUAUUGAUCAGUUCGAUCAGUUUUAGUUUAACAAAGGAACGAUUAUUUUCAUUUUAAAAAUGACCUUUUAAUUUCA